AUGCGGCACGGCGUUGCUGUGAAUGGGUUGUUGACUGCUUGUUGGAGCAUUGCAGAUGAUAGUCACAGGUUUGAGGAUGUCCCCGCCGUUCGGCGCCACCUGGUUAGGAAGAGCACUAAAGGUCAGAUUGUUCAUGUCACCAAGGACCACAGAGAGCAGCGAGACCCCCCCGCACGCCACCGCAGACUGGACCGUACCCCACAUGAGGUUUUCGUGGAGCUGAAUGAGUUGGUGAUGGAUAAGAAUCAGGAGUUGCAGUGGAGAGAGACAGCUCGCUGGAUAAAGUUUGAAGAGGAUGUGGAGAAGGAGACAGACCGCUGGGGGAAGCCUCACGUCGCCUCCCUGUCCUUCAGAAGCCUCCUGGAGCUCCGCAGAACUAUCUCCCAUGGUGCAGUUCUGUUGGACUUGGAUCAGAGGACUCUUCCCGGCAUUGCCCAGCAGGUGGUGGAGCAGAUGGUGAUCUCAGACCUGAUCCGAGCCGAGGACCGAGGGAACAUACUCAGAACUCUGCUACUUAAACACAGUCAUCCCAGUGAUGGAAAGGAGCACAGCUCUUUCAGCCGGAACGUCUCUGUCAGUCUGCCAUCCCUCACGGUUGCCCACAGCAACGCCCACAGCAACCAAGCUGAGCUUUCACUCAGCCAGCCUUUAAUAGCUGCAGGGGGCGGUAACCAUGGAGACACUCACACGGACAUGGAGAGGAGUGAGAGGGAUGGUCCAUCUCUGCAUCGGUCCCGAUCCAAACAUGAGCUGAAGUUGCUGGGGAAGAUCCCUGACAAGGCGGAGGCCACCGUGGUGCUGGUGGGCAGUGUGGGUUUCCUGGAUCAGCCCUCCAUGGCAUUUGUCCGUCUUCAGGAGGCAGUGCUGCUGGAGUCGGUGCUGGAGGUUCCAGUUCCUGUCCGCUUCCUGUUCCUGCUUCUGGGCCCACCCACUGCCAACAUGGACUAUCACCAGAUUGGACGCUCCAUCUCAACGCUCAUGUCUGACAAGGAUUUUCAUGAAGCCGCCUACAUGGCGGAUGAGCGGCAGGACCUGCUGACUGCCAUCAACGCUUUCCUGGACUGCAGCAUCGUCCUCCCCCCAUCUGAGGUGGACGGGGAGGAACUGCUCCACUCCGUUGCUCGCUUCCAACGGGAAAUGCUCCGCAAGAGGGAGGAGAAGGGCAGCAGGCUGCAGGUCAAAGAGCCCAAGAGUCUGGACGAUGAAGAUAUGCUGCUUCCCUCCAAACCAUCAGACGAUCCUCUGCAGCGUUCUGGCCGUCUGUUUGGCGGGCUGAUCAGAGACGUGAAGCGGCGGUAUCCACAAUACCUCAGCGACAUUCAGGAUGCUCUCAACGCUCAGUGCAUGGCCGCCAUCAUCUUCAUCUACUUUGCUGCCCUUUCGCCUGCCAUCACAUUUGGAGGAUUACUGGGUGAGAAAACAGACGGUCUGAUUGGCGUGUCGGAGCUGAUGGUAGCCACAGCUGUGCAGGGCGUGGUGUUCAGCCUGCUGGGCGCUCAGCCGCUGCUGGUCAUCGGCUUCUCUGGCCCGCUGCUGGUGUUUGAAGAGGCCUUCUGCUCUUUUUGUAAAGACAACCAGAUGGACUACCUGACCGGCCGGGUUUGGAUCGGCUUCUGGCUUCUGCUCAUUGUCUUUCUGACGGUGGCCUUUGAGGGCAGCUUCCUGGUUCGUUUCGUCUCCCGCUUCACUCAAGAGAUCUUCUCCUUCCUCAUCUCCCUCAUCUUCAUCUACGAGACCUUCUCUAAAUUGGUCACGAUCUUUCAGGAGCAUCCUCUACGAAGCUGUUUCUUAAUAAACAACACUUCUUCCUGUGGGUGGAACUCCAGCAUGGCGGUCAGUAGCUCUGGGCAUCCAGGUGGAGAACCCAACACAGCCCUCCUGUCUUUAGUCCUCAUGUCUGGAACCUUCUUCAUAGCGUUCUACCUGCGCAAGUUCAAAAACAGUGCCUUCUUCCCCGGCAAGCUGCGUAGGAUCAUCGGUGACUUUGGGGUUCCUCUUGCUAUUCUGAUCAUGGUGUUGGUGGACUACAGUAUCAAGGACACAUACACUCAGAAACUGAGCGUGCCCAGUGGUUUCUCGGUGUCCAGCCCAGAGAAACGGGGUUGGCUGAUCUCUCCGCUGGGCUCAGAUGGACAGUUUCCUGUCUGGAUGAUGGGCGCCAGCGUCCUGCCUGCCCUGCUCAUCUUCAUCCUCAUCUUUAUGGAGUCCCAGAUCACAGCACUGAUAGUCAGUAAGAAGGAGAGGAUGUUGGUGAAAGGUUCUGGCUUCCAUCUGGACCUGCUGAUCAUUGUGGCGGUGGGCGGAGUGUCAGCGCUCUUCGGUCUGCCCUGGCUGUCUGCCGCCACUGUGCGCUCCGUCACACACACGGAUGCCCUCACGGUCAUGAGCACAGCUGUAGCUCCUGGUGACAAGCCCCGUAUCCAGGAAGUGAAGGAACAGAGAGUGACGGGACUUCUGGUGGCUGUUUUAGUUGGUCUGUCCAUCGUGAUUGGUGAGGUUCUGCGUCAGAUUCCGCUGGCUGUGCUGUUUGGCAUUUUCCUCUACAUGGGAGUCAUGUCUCUAAAUGGCAUCCAGCUCAUCGAGAGAAUCCUGCUGCUCCUAAUGCCCCCAAAGUACCACCCCGAUCACACCUACAUCCGCAAGGUGAGGACGCUGCGUAUGCACCUGUUCACCUCCAUCCAGCUGGUGUGUCUGUCACUGCUGUGGGUUGUCAUGUCGACGGCUGCUGCGCUGGCCUUCCCCUUCAUCCUCCUCCUCACCAUCCCGGUCAGAAUGCUUCUCCUGCCCAAACUCUUCACCAAGCGUGAGAUGCAGUGUCUGGAUGCAGAUGAAGCAGAGCCCCGGCUGGAGGAGAGGGAGGGGCAGGAUGAAUACAUGGAGAUGCAGAUGCCUUGA